AUGGAAGCGUGCGUCCCCAAACCGGCCACUUCAGCGCAAACCACGCUUCUGCGGCCUCCGCCCCCAGCGCCACCCGCGGCCAACAUCCAGGAUAAGCCGCUUAACUCCGAAACGUCACCUGUCCACGUAAUACCGGAACCGCUUUCGGAACCGAGGCCGCUACCGGAAAAGAAACCUCGCAAGCGCCAGGCUACCAAGGCUGCACCACCUCCACUAACAGAGAGAGACGUCGAAAUAGACGAUGACACCUGCAGCGUGGUCAGCUCAGCGACUGUCCUGGUCCUCGAGCAGCGGCUGGAAGCUCGUCAGGAAGCAUUCACACAACGCAUGGAAUCCCGGCAGACCGCUCUCGAACAGGCGAUCGAGGAAAUCCGGCACACCCAGCAACAGAUGCAGCAACAGAUGCUCCAAAUGCAACAGCAGAUACCACAGAUCCUGCAAGCACUCCCGCUUAUCCAGGAACAGCUACGGAAACUCCAGCUCCAACAUGGCUAG